GUCCCCUUAUCUACCCCAACCUCUGGGGCCCGGCACUGCCAUGGACGGCCAGCUUCUGCCUGUGCUGCUGCUGUUCCUGCUGGGGGCCUCAGGCCUACAGGGACAGGGACAGGGACAGGGACCUGAGAGACCCUCAGAGGAUCUCCUGGAGGAUACCCCUGGGGAGGAGGUCCCCAAGGAGGAUGGGGUCUUGGUGUUGAACCACCGCACCCUGGGUCUGGCCCUGCAGGAGUACCCAGCCCUGCUGGUGGAGUUCUUCGCCCCGUGGUGUGGGCACUGCAAGGCGCUGGCCCCUGAGUACAGCAAGGCGGCUGCCUUGCUAGCAGCUGAGUCGGUCACAGCCACGCUAGCCAAGGUGGAUGGGCCUGCGGAGCGGGAACUGACGGAGGAGUUUGGUGUGACAGGGUACCCCACGCUCAAGUUCUUCCGUGAUGGGAAUCGGACGCACCCCGAGGAGUACACAGGCCCCAGGGAGGCCAAGGGCAUCGUUGAGUGGCUAAAGCGACGGGUGGGGUCCAGUGCCACCCGGCUGGAGGAUGAAGAGGGUGCACAGGCACUGAUGGAUGCCGGGGACGUGGUUGUCAUCGGCUUCUUCCAGGACUUGGAGGAUGAGGAUGUGGCCACCUUCCUGGCCCUGGCCCGCGAUGCCCUGGACAUGACAUUUGGCUUCACUGACCAGCCAAAGCUGUUUCAGAAGUUUGGCCUCACCAAGGACACUGUGGUCCUCUUCAAGAAGUUCGAUGAAGGACGGGCCGACUUCCCAGUGGAUGAGGAGCUGGGUCUGGACCUGGGGGACCUGUCUCGCUUCCUCAUCACACACAGCAUGCUCCUGGUGACGGAGUUCAGCCACCAGACCUCCCGGAGGAUCUUCGGCGCCAGGAUCCUCAACCAUCUGCUGCUGUUUGUCAACCAGACGCUGGCUUCACAUAGGGAGCUCCUGGAGGGCUUCCGGGAGGCGGCUCCCCCGCUCAGGGGGCAGGUGCUGUUUGUGGUGGUGGACGUGGAUGCCAGCAAUGACCACGUACUGCAGUACUUUGGUCUCAAGGCUGAGGAGGCCCCCACCCUGCGCUUGGUUAACAUUGAGACCACUAAGAAGUAUGCACCCCCUGGCGGGGGGCCUAUCACCUCAGCCUCCGUGGCAGCCUUCUGCCAGAUGGUCUUCAGUGGGAAACUCAAGCCCUACCUGCUAAGCCAAGAGGUCCCCCCUGACUGGGACCAGCGGCCCGUCAAGACCCUUGUGGGCAAGAAUUUUGAGCAGGUGGCUUUCGACGAAACCAAGAAUGUCUUUGUUAAGUUCUAUGCCCCAUGGUGCAGCCACUGUAAGGAGAUGGCCCCGGCCUGGGAGGCACUAGCUGAGAAGUACAGGGACCACGAAGACAUCAUCAUUGCUGAGCUGGACGCUACGGCUAAUGAGCUGGAGGCCUUCACUGUGUCUGGCUUCCCCAGGCUCCUGUACUUCCCUGCAGGGCGGGAUCGGAAGCUUCCCACUCCUCCCCAGAUGAUGGAAUACAAGGGCAACAGGGACCUGGAGAGCUUUUCCAAGUUCCUGGACAGUGGGGGUGAGCUGCCAGCAGAGGCACCCACAGCCCCCUUCCAGGAGCCACUAGCCAAUUCCAGUGUGGGGCCCCGGGAGGAGCUGUAGCCACCACAUCACUGCCAACUGCAAGUGGCAGGUGAUCCUGGCUGGAGAAGCUGUGCUCCGUGAAUAAAGAGCUUUGCUCCUGGA